UAUAGUCGUGUAUCUAUCCUAUUCGUUCUAUGCUGGUGUUUUAUUUUCACCUAUUCCCGGGAAGACCGUGGGAAUCCAAACCUUAAACUGUUCAUGAAGUUUGGUGAACUUAAGGAAAAUAUCAGUGGACCCAUAAGUGUCACCGAUAUUAGCAAGUUUACUGGUGACACCAAUGAGGAUUCAGUUGUCAGUGGUCCUGUGUGUGUAUCUAACAUUACAAGCAGUGGAAGGGAAGAAUUUUAUUGGCAGUUCGAGGGAAUACAAAUUCCAAGAUCCACAACUGGAGAGGGUGAUCUGUCAGGAUGGAUCACUGUGAUUUAUAAUGGUGGAGGAAAGCCACAUUUAGCACUGCAAAGAUUUCAUAAUAAACAAGCAAAAGAGGGAAAUUUUACAUGCUUCUAUGUUCCUGACCGUGGUAGAGCAGUCUCUGUCUCUGUUAGUAUCUACUUUCCAAUGGGCACUACAAGUGUUGCUAUGACUCAUGUCUCAGUGACUGCUUCUUCUUCUGUUAGCUCGAUCAUGACUUUACCAAUGUCACUGUCAUCCACAACUAAGGUGUCCGCCCUGGUGUCUUCCUCAGGACUUGAUGCUACCAGAACUGCCCCCUCACCUACUGAAUCACCUUCACCUGGUUUCACAUCUACGAUGGCCACCACUCUGUCUUCAUCAGUUUAUACAACAGGACUUGACGCUACCAGAACUGCCCCCUUGCCAACAGAAUCAUUUCAAUCUGGUACUUCAAGUGAUGAUUCAGGGACUCUUGUGUCAGUCACCCCUACUCCAUCAGGUAUCUCUACCACCACGACUCCACCUGUACAACUGCCCCCACAAGUACAGUCACCAAAGGUGUCUUCUGCUGCUGUCUCUAUAACACAAUCUAGUACUCAACCUGUGUCUUCAUUACUUUCAUCUGACAUUCUUACAAGUAGUGGUGACAUUGCAUCAUCUACAACAACUCUUUUAUAUUCCUCCAUGGGUGAUUCCAGGUUUGACUAUACCUGGAUACUGAUUCUUCUCUUGGCAAUCAUAAUAGCAUUAAUUCUGUUUUGCAUCAUAGUCUUCUGCGUUUGCAUCUGUCGGAGGCGAUGUUGUACUAAGUCAAAGAAGAUGUCCCUCCAGGGCGAGGCUAUUGAGCACCCUCUCUCCACAGAGACAACAAUGAUCAAGCCACCGAUGGCACCUAUUGAAGAGAAGACUGAGGAUCUGGACAAAUACUUGCUCGACAUUGAGGGAAGUGACGACUCUCCUGCACUGAAGGAAAAUGCCUUCUUUGAUCAAAUCUUGGCAGAAAUGUUUGGAGAUUACGUAACCCGAUGUCACUCCAGUGACAAUAGAGACUUCAAACAUCAGUUUACAGUGAUGCAAGACUGUGGUGCAGGCUUUUCCACAAUUGCUGGAUCUAACACGAGUCUGCAAAAGCUCAACAGAUAUGCCAAUAUCAUGCCUUAUGAUGAUAACAGGGUCUUCCUCGUGGCAGUUGAAGGACACACUGAGUACAAAGGAGACUACAUUAAUGCCAGUUACAUUGAUGGAUACAACUUUGAGCACAAGUUCAUAGCGACACAAGGACCACUGCCUAACACAACUGUUGACUUCUGGAGGAUGGUGUGGCAGGAGAGGUCUCAGAGCAUUGUGAUGGUCACCAAUCUGGUGGAGGGAAAUAGGAUCAAGUGUCACAAGUACUGGCCAGAGACUGGGACCCUGUCCUUUGGUCCCUUCAAUGUCACCAUCACAGGACAACAGAUACUGGCUGACUACACCACUCGGGAGUUUAGUGUCCAGCUGGCAGAGAGCUCAGAACCAGCUCUGAGUGUGACUCAGUUCCACUUCACAGCCUGGCCUGACCAUGGAGUGCCUGACUAUGCCACUUCACUUCUGGCCUUCCACAAAAAAGUGAAGAAACAUCACAAGGGAGGAAUGGGUCCAAUUAUUGUCCAUUGCAGUGCUGGUGUUGGGAGGACAGGGACUCUGAUAACUAUUGACUGUGUUCUUGAGCAGCUGCAAGAGGAGAAGGUGGUGGAUAUAGCUGGUGUCAUCAUCCACCUCCGCACACAGAGAAUGAAAAUGGUCCAGAGCUUGGAACAAUAUAUCUUCAUCCAUGAUGCUAUCCUUGAGGUCCUGACAUGCGGUGAUACCCAAAUCGAUGCCUGUAACCUCCGCAGAGUUACUCAGAAAAUGACUGAAUGUGACACACAAACCAAUCUCAACGAUUUUGAAAAGCAGUUCGAGGUACUUGAGAAGGUUUCUGUAAAGCCAGGAGAGAUUGCAAGGAGCGAGGCUCUUCGUAAUCCCACCAAGAAUCGGAGUGAUGACUACCUCCCUGGUGAUGCCUGGCGUGUGGCACUGAGAGGAGAUCUCCAGACUUAUAUCCACGCCGUUUUUGUUAAUGGUUACAAGCAACAGAGAGCAUUCAUCAUAGCUCAGAGUCCCAUGGAGUCCACAGCCAGAGAUUUCUGGAAGAUGGUCCAUGACAGGAAGUGUGGAGUCAUUGUUAUGCUCUGUGACUUGGUGGAAGACGAACAGGAGACGUGUUACCAGUAUUGGCCUCAGACUGGACUGAUUCAGUUUGUGGGCUACACAGUUGAUCUGAUGGAGGAAAAGGUCAUGGAGGGAUUCAUCAUGCGCAAAUUAAGCGUCUACAGUGAGAAGGCAGGCAGUGCCCACCAGGUUGUUCAGUUGCACAUGACUAACUGGAGUCCUGAUGGCAGCUGCUCUCACCUGGCCACUAUCACCAGUGUGAUAAUGAGAUGUCUGCCAUUCAGAGAAGAGCGGCAACAAUCCUGUUCUGGUCCACUGCAG